AUGGCUAGCUUCGAAAAUAACGAACAAGGUUCGUUACCUCGAAAGAGGCAGAAGCUCGACUCGAGCUCUUCCAAACCAAGCUCUGUUCCCACCUCAAUUUCUCUUGCAUAUCCCCCUUCUCAAUCAGACGCAACCAUCAAUUCAAAUAUAAACGCAAAUCCAAGUGACAAAAUGGAAAUCGAUCAGCCAAGCCAAAGUUUGGUUUCCGAAGUUGCAUUAUCUUCCCAGCCUGAGCAUGCUCAAGAAAUUAGAUCUGGAAUACUUCACUAUGUCAACAAGAAAAAUCCUGGAUUCCAAGGUAUAUUAAAGCAAAGAUACACAGAUUUCCUGGUCAAUGAAAUUUCCCUGGGAGGAGAAGUUGUUCACCUGAAGGAUUUGAAAGCUCCUCAAAUUCAUCAAAACAGAAAUGCAGCAAAUGCCAAUGCUGUUUCAGCAGACAUUGUUGAUGAGAACCAGCCAGUAGCAGAAGCUGCGGGGCAGAAUGAAUCAGAGCAAGCCACUUCUGCAGAUUCUGCUAUAGCUGAAGCUGCGCCUCUUACUGAUAUUGCCAAUGGCCACCCCUCUACGGCUCCAAUCACUUCAGUUAUUGAAACUAAUGUUGAUGUUCCUGCACAGCCAUCUGCGGAAAAUCCAAAUGCCGUUCAAAUCAAAGAAAUCCGAUCUAACGAUAUGGAAGUUCUUGUUGAGUAUUUUGGUAAUACCCUAGCUCUCCAGAUCAUUGAGCUCGAUAAAAAAAUCCAACAGAAACCAAACGCUAAAGCUAGUUCGUUUGGAUCUUUACAGUCCGAACCGAUUGAUGAUAGACCCCGUCGUGGACGUAUUCAUGGAUUUUUGCGUUCGCGUUUUGAGUCGCGGCUGGAGACUGAAGCCUUGGAUGAUAAUUCUAUUAGCAUAUUCGCAGCUGCUCCGCAACAACGUGACAGAGGACAAAACCAACGUGGGAGAGGACAACAAAAUUCCGGCCGGGGGGAUUUCCGUGGUCAAUCGAAUGGCCAGCCAAAACCCAAGGGAAAAGUUGGAUGGCAAGAACUUGGCGGUGAAUACCUUCACUUCACACUUUACAAAGAGAAUAAGGACACCAUGGAAACUGUCAACUUGCUGUCUAAAUUGCUGAGAACUAAAACCAAAGAUUUCGCCUACGCAGGCACCAAAGACCGUCGAGCGGCCACCGCACAGCGUGUUAGUGCUUUCAGACAUCAUGUUAAAAGCAUGGCUGAUCUCAAUCAGAAGCUGAGAUACGGCGUAAGAGUUGGUGACUUCAAGUAUGAGAAGUAUCCACUUAGACUGGGUGAUCUCGAGGGCAACGUUUUUACCAUUACCUUACGUGAUUGCAAUUUCGGCGACGACACUGACAUGGACGAUGCUACAAAGGUUCAAUCGGCAAAAAAUGUUGUUGGUGAUGCUAUUGCACAUUUACAAACCCGUGGUUUCCUUAACUACUUCGGCUUACAACGUUUCGGUACUUUCGCGAUCGGCACACACGAAAUCGGCAAGUUGAUCUUAAAAGGAAACUUCAAGGGUGCUGUGGAUGCUUUGCUCACAUUCAGUGAGGAUGCACUCGCAGUAGCUCAGUCGGGAAAAGAUGGAGGAAGUAUUGGCAGAGAUGAUAUGGGACGCGCCCUUGCUAUCCAUAAAUUCCGGGAAACUGGCAAAAACUACUGUAGGGACCAUCUUCCACAAAGAUUUUCCGCGGAGCGUGCUGUCAUUCAACACUUGUCCUCGGCCCGCAAGCAUGACGAUUACGCAGGUGCUAUACUAUCAAUUUCGCGCCAUCUCCGUACCAUGUACGUGCAUUCAUAUCAAUCUUUCAUUUGGAACGUCGUAGCCUCCAGAAGAUGGGAGCGCUAUGGAGAUAAAGUUAUUGAGGGCGAUCUUGUUUUGGUAGAGAGCAAAGCCCCCGAACAAAGAGAUGAAGUUGAUGAAAAUGGAGAAGUUGUGAUUCAUGCAUCUGGGGGAGAUGCAGCACUUAGUUCCGAUGAAGUUUUCCAGCGCGCACGCUGUCUUUCGGCCGAAGAAGCUGGCAGCGGCAAUUUUACCAUCUUUGAUAUUGUCCUCCCUAUGCCAGGUUUUGACAUUGAAUACCCUAGCAACGAAAUUGGAGAUUAUUACAAGGAAUUCAUGGCUGGUGAACAAGGCGGCGGUCUGGAUCCUGCCGAUAUGCGUCGAAAGAUCAAGGACUUUAGUCUGAGUGGUAGCUACAGAAACCUUAUUGGCAAAGUCAGAGAGGGCAUGACUUUCGAAGUCAAAACCUACCACGAUGAAAGAGAACAGUUGGUUGAGACUGACUUGGAGAUCAUCGAGAAGGCCAAGACUCAGGCGAAUGGUCCUAGCCACAUCGCAACCACUCACGUAUAUACUAGAAAAGCAGGUGAUCCACACGGGUAUGCGUCUUUCCAGGAGAAUAAGCUUCAUCCAGAUAACGAUCAAGAGAACAAUGGCAUUCAGAACGAUCGACGUGGAAGAGAACAAGGUGGCCGUGCUCGUCACAUGGCUGAUGCUGUGGAAGAAGGUCGCCAAAAUAACGCUCUUUACGCUGGUAGCGCUCAGCAUAAUGCUUGGAAAGCACUACCUACCAAGCUUGCUGAAGAAGACAAAGCUUCCGCUGAAGCCUGGGAGGAAGAAAAGCUAAAGCCUGUCGAUGUGGAUGCUAUCAAGCAGCCAAUGUAUAAGGAGACAUUCAUACAAACUUCUGCAGAUGAUGAGGGUCGUCGCACUGGGGUCAGAAUUCAACAAACUCUCGGUUCAAAGAACGAGGUUAUCGCAGAGAACACCUCGAAAGAUGCAACAUCAGGUACCGAGAAGAAGCUAAAGGUUGAAGUCACCGAGCUCCCAGGUGCCGAAUCCGACGAGGACAAUGAGGCUCAAGAAGGAGGUGUCAAGCUCGAAGCUUCGGUUGGUCUGAAGAGAUCUGCUGAAGAGAUUUCGAAGGGAUCUGUUGACCGGAACGAGAAAGACCAAGCAGUUACCGAAGUUGUUGAAGUUGACGAUGAGAAGGUCAGCAAUCCUGUUGUAUCUUCUACUGAGGUCAAGCAGGAGGAUAAACCAUCCGAAUCACUUGAGGCAACAUCUGCUGAUGCUGAAAUGGCGAGCGCACCAGGUGGUGAAGAAGCUACCGAGGAGUCGAGACCUGCACGACUUGCUGUCAUUGUCAAAUUUGGUCUUGGCUCAAGCAUGUAUGCUACAAUGGCUCUUCGGGAGUUGAUGCAGCGAGGAGGCGUCCAGGUCUACCAACCAGACUUUUCUUCUGGCAGAUGA